AUGGCGGGCAAGUUUCUAGGUGCUGAUUUAGGUAUUGGGGCGGGUAGUUAUGGAGGCAAGGUGUUUGUGGGGGUAGGCGAAGUGCGAGGUGGGUUGGGAAGAGGGAGAGGGAGGGCAAGAGGCAAGGUUUGGUAUUCUACCAUAUUCGUUUGUGUGUUGGAGUCGACGGGUAGGGAGUUUUUGGAACAAGCUUCAGAUGAUGUGUAUGAAUCCGGAAGAAUGACACGAUGUGAGAGCCAGAUCAAGACAUAUAUAAGCACUCUGUGUAAGGGAGUAGCCAAGGAACACACAAGGCAUGGAGUGACUGGCAAGUUUGUGAGGUACAUGAUGGACAGAAGUUGGAUGUUUGUUAGAGAUAGGUUUCACAACCCUGACUUCACCAAUGGUUUACAAACAUUUCUGGAUGCUGCGAAACAACACCUAGAUCAUGAAAAUAAGACGCGUUGCCCCUGUGUUAAAUGUCAAAAUGCCUUGCCGUGUCUUUCUCUACCCGAGAUACGCAGACAUAUACUUGUAAAUGGGUUUGCACAACAUUACACGACAUGGACUGAGCACGGGGAAGAUUUUGUUGAUGUCACAGACGACCAAAUGUAUGAGGAUUUUGAAAGUGAUAGCGAGGAUGAUGAUGAUGACAAUGCUGCGAUGUUGGACAUGUUAAAUGAUGUCCAAGGGGCUAUAAGUAUGGAGACAGAUGAUGAGAACGAUAUUUAUAUCAAGAUAGAUGGUCAUUGGAGCAAUAAAAGUUUUAAAAAUCUACUGAAAUUGUUAAAUGACUCGUAUCCAAAAGGUGCAUCCAUACCAACAUCGAACUAUGAAGCCAAAAAUAUGUUGCUAGAAUUGGGCUUGAGGUAUGAAUCCAUACAUGCAUGCAAGUAUGACUAUGCACUGUUUUAUGGGAAAGAGAAUAAGAAACUGGAUGAAUGUCCAGUGUGCAAGGAGCCGAGAUACAAGUCUUGUGAUGGCAAACGCAAGAAAGUUCCACAAAAAGUCUUGCGUUAUUUUCUAUUGAAGCCGAGACUUCGGAGGUUGUAUAUAUCGAGACAUAUAGUGACUGAAAUGAAAUUGCAUAAAAAAAGAAGACAAAAUGAAGAGGGUUUCCUACAACAUCCAGCUGGUUCUGCCGAGUUAAAACACUUUGAUCAAGAGUAUCCUGAUUUUGCUGCAGAUUGUCGAAAUGUGAGGUUGGGGCUUGCUACAGAUGGUUUUAAUCCAUUUGGAAACAUGAGCACUAGUUAUAGUAUGUGGCCAGUUAUGCUAGUGCCGUACAAUCUGCCUCCUUGGAAAUGCAUGAAAGGAGUGUAUUCAAUGAUGUCAUUACUCAUACCUAGUCCUCGAGCGCCUGGAAAAGACAUUGAUGUGUAUCUUCGUCCAUUAAUAGACGAAUUAAAAGAAUUGUGGGAUAUUGGAGUUGAAACUUUUGAUAUCUCUGUUGGGAGAAAUUUUAAUUUGCGGGCAUGUGUAUUGUGGACUAUAAAUGAUUUUCCUGCUUACGGAAAUUUAUCUGGGUGGAGCACAAAAGGGUAUAAAGCUUGCCCUGUUUGUAACGAAGAUGUAACUUCAGAGGGGUUGAGAGGAAAAUUAUGUUUUAUGGGAGCUCGACGAAAUUUGCCUGUGGAUCAUGAGUGGAGAAGGAGUAAAUAUUUUAACGGUUUAGUUGAAGAUCGUCCUCCUCCCAGAUUAUUUUCUGGGGAUGACAUAUUACGGCAAUUAGAUCGUGUUUAUAAAGCUAGGCCUGGAAAACAUCCUGACAAUCCUGAUUUAAAGCGACACCGUGAGCCUCAUGAGCUAAACUAG